AAUCGGAAGUCGACUUACCUAUCCCUAUUUCGUCCCGACCAGCCUUUAACUGGCCACUGGCUAAACAAUUCAAACAGUAUUGAACUAUGUUUUAUUUGCAAAGGUAUCGUUAUUGCUUUUUGGCCGGAUGUUUUGCUGCUGGCGGAAGUUUCUUUGGUAAAAUGCCCAGUUUUUUGGAAAGUAUAGAUUUGGAGGUUUCCAAAUCUCAUAAAGUAUUUAUAAUUAUAAAAUACUUUCCAAUUGCUCUAAUGAUUAUUUGCAAUGUCCUUAACUGGCGUUACUUUCUAAAGGCUCUACAGUUAACGGAACAAACAUUAACGGCCACAGUGUUAACGUCUGCCUCUAAUUAUAUUGUAUCGUUCAUUUUGGCAUCCCUCAUAUACAAGGAACCCAUAACAUGGCUUUCAACAUUUGGUACAACCCUCAUAGUAUUGGGACUGUGGUUUUUAUGUGACGAUCCAAAUAAAAAAGCGCCCACCAAAAACAAAGACACGUGAGGAAGGAACAUAUAUUCGAGUAAAGAAACUGUGAUCAUAAAUAAGAAAACAAAGACAACAAAGUGUGUGUGUUUUUUUGGAUAAAUUUCAGAUUUUUUAUGUAGAUUUUUCUUUUAAAUUUAUUAAAAAUUAUAUUUAAUAAAAUGAACAUAAAUAAGUAUA